AUGAGCGACCGGCGACCAUCGCACCGCAGCCGCAGCCGCGACCGGCGGCGCAGCCCCGACAGACGCGGCGACGGAGCUCCGACCGGCGCCAAAGCCGAAGCCCGGACCGGCGUCGUCGUAGCCGCACCCCCAGCGCCGAGCGGUCGCGCCGCCGCAAGCGCAGUGCCAGCCGCGAUCGUCGCCGCAGUCAACGAAUAUGGCAAGUAUGGCAUUCUGCGCGAGACCGACUUCCACGCCAAGGCCGUCUCGUUCCAGGCCUGGCUCCGCGACGUCAAGAAGAUCCCCGACUUUAACGGGCCCAAGUACGAGGCCAUGGACCACUUCCGCGACUACAUGGAAGACUACAACACGGCGACGUUGCCGCAUGCGAAGUACUACGACAUUGAAAAGUACGAGCAGCGCAAGUUGGCCAAGGAGCAGGCCAAGCGUGCGAAGCGACACAAGCCCCGUCCUGCGGAGGAAGAGGCGACGGCCUACGCCGAGCGCAUGCGGCAGCGCGCCGAAGCGAACAAGAAGGAGUUUGCGCUCAUUUUGCAGACCAUGGACCGCAGCAAGAUCGAAAGCAUGCGCGAGCAGCAGCGCCUCCGCGACCAGAUGCAGAUGCACUACAAGGCCGGCAACAUGGACGAAGCGCGGCGUCUCGAGCAUCUGCUCACCAAGAAAGACGAGGCCAAGCCCGAGCCCGAGUUCAAACCCGACACGGGGCGUCAUUUUUAG